AUGGCCCUCAGGCUCCUGCCUGCGUUCACGGACAACGACGACGACGACGAUGGGAACUUCACCAACUGGAUGAGCAGUUACUGGGGACACGGAACGGCGGGGGGGCAGACCAGGGAGAGGAAACGGAGCUUCAGGAGACCGUCGGGGGGGCAAGGGGACCGGAGGGCAUCGCUGCCGACUGUGUCUCAGUUGGACGCCAUGAAGCUGAACCGGCUCCACGCGGCCACGAUGGCCCCGAGCCCGACCCACAUGAAGUCCCGGGAGAAGACGGAGGUCCGGAGCCACCAGAGAGCUCGACGGGCCUCCUCCGACGACAACAGCCGGUCCAGGACGGGGGUCCCGGAGAACCGCAUCAGCACCAUCCCCGAGCUCACCGAGUCCUUCGAGAGGAGGCUGUACCUCCGGGACAAGAGGACCACGUCUCAGAAUGACGAUGACAUGUGCCUGAUCUGUCAUGAGGAAAUGAAGAAGAACGAAGGAGCGGUUCAGGAGCUGCAGUGUUCACACCGCUUCCACAAAGAGGCGGUCCGGAGGUCACAACAGGGUCGCCCUCCCAACGCCGAGGCAGCAGCUGAUCUGGGGCUGUCUGAUGAGAGGAGGAAGUCUGCAGACGGACGGAUCUCCAUGGAGAAGGAGGAGCUCGCAUCGCGGCGUCAGCUCUCCCUGAGGAGACAUCGCUGA